GUGGAAAGCCAUCACUUCAAGAAUAUAGUACGAUCCAGCAACGUAUAUUAAUUUUGGUCACAAUGUCUCCUAAAUUUUGUUCACUUCUUUUCAUUCUUCUCGUAAUUAUUUCUUCCUUCAUUAACCCUAGCCAAUCCAGGAAAUACCAGAAACAUAAACCAUGCAAACGUUUAGUUCUUUAUAUGCACGAUGUGAUGUUCGACGGUCACAAUACCGCAAAUGCGACGGACGCCAUCAUCGCGAAUCCGACCAAGCUCUCCAGUUAUAAGUUCGGAGAAUUUGCGGUUUACGAUGAUCCGGUGACGGUCGAUGACAAUCUGUUGUCGCCUCCGGUGGCUAGGGCUCAAGGGUUCUAUUUCUACGACAUGAAGACGACUUAUAAUGCAUGGUUAGCCGUUAGUUUGGUGUUCAAUUCAACUGAACACAAGGGUACUAUUACGUUCUUGGGGGCCGAUAUGAUGGACGACGCCACUAGGGAUAUUCCGGUGGUCGGAGGGACGGGGGAUUUCUUCAUGACACGUGGUAUUGCGACCGUUAGUACGGAUCUGUUUCAAGGGGCUUCUUAUUUCCGACUCAAGAUGGAUGUCAAGUUGUAUGAAUGCUACUAGUAGGGUUUAAGUGAACAACAAAUUAAGUUCUUUUGUCUGUUUUCUUUUCUUUUCUUUUCUUUUUCUUUUUUGGGUAUGUUUGAUUUGAAGCUGUCUUGUUUGUGUUUCUUUGCUUUUUCACGAGCUCUUCAUUUGGUAAUUAAUCUCAGGCUGGAACUUGGAAUUCAAAUGAUUGACUGCACUUUUCAGAGAAAGGAUAUGCCUCUC